AUGGCAACCGACAGCGCGUAGAGUUUUGUUUUGGAGGAGAACAACACCGAUUAUCAUGUAAUUUGGAUCAAAAGCGAGGUAUUUGGACAAAACAGAUAAAGUUCUACCGCCUUUAUUAAUCCAUUUUGCAAACGAACUUGUUUCCACGAUUAAUUUGGAGAUGUAUCGUCGGGCAGCGGGAAAGAAAGACCACAACAACAAACCGGUGAAGAAAGAUGUGAGCGACAGUGAUAAAUACGCCGACCUCUUGGUUUUCGGCUAUGCCUGCAAACUGUUCCCAGACGACGAAAGGGCUCUUUACCAUGAACAUGGAAAACAUCUUAUCCCAUGGAUGGGGGACAAGAACAUCAUGAUUGAUAGAUACGAUGGGCGUGGUCACUUACAUGACCUUUCAGAGUAUGACAGUGGGUCAUGGAACACAUCCUACCAGCUGUCGGAGGAAGAGGCCAGAAUUGAGGCGCUGUGCGAUGAGGAGAGAUACCUGGCUCUUCACACAGACCUGCUAGAAGAGGAGGCAAGACAAGAGGAGGAGUACAAACGCCUGAGUGAAGCUCUGGCUGAUGAAGGUUCCUACAAUGCAGUGGCUUUCAAAUACAGUGCAGACUACUAUGACCCAUCUCAGCCCACAGAGGAGGAGGAAGCUAACAAGGAAACUGAAGAAGCAGAGCCUGAGGAGAGUGAAGAACCGUUCAUUGCACCCCCAGGAUUGGCCAUCCCUCCUGAUGUCGAGCUGCCAGCAACUAUCAAGACCCAUGCCAUCAUUGAGAGGACGGCAAACUUUGUAUGCCAGCAGGGAGCUCAGUUUGAGAUAGUGCUGAAAGCUAAGCAAGCUGGUAACUCCCAGUUUGAUUUUCUUCGUUUCGACCAUUACCUAAAUCCCUAUUACAAACACAUCCUGCGAGCCAUGAAGGAAGGUCGCUACAACCUUGUCUCAACCAACAAACAAGAGCAGUCACAGGAAUCCCAAUCCGAUGACUCGGAUGAGGAUGGAGAUGGCAGCUACCUUCAUCCCAGCCUGUUUGCCCCUAAAAAGAGCUCUCGUCUAGAGGAACUGAUGAAGCCUUUACAAGUCAUGGACCCGGACCAUCCUCUGGCAGCACUCGUUCGAAAAGCGCAACAGGAAAGAAACGGCACUGCAGCAGUAGAAGCCAAACCAGAGGAAGUGGCAGAAGUGGCUCCAUCCAGUGCUCCAGCGCAGUACAGUGCCGACCCAGUGUACUAUGGGUACUACAUGCUUCCAGAUGGAACAUUCUGCUUAGCCCCCCCUCCACCUGGAAUAGAUGCCACUUCCUACUAUAAUAAUAUGCCAUCAGCUGUCAUGGCCCCCCCUGCUACUUCUUCUGGGGCUUUGCCUCAUUUGAGCUCCACACCUACCCCUCCUGAAACCAUCACCAUGGCACCACCAGCUGCAGCCACCUCUCAGGUUACCACUUCAGCUGCUCCUCCCGCCAGCGUACCUGAAACCAGCAGUUCAAAGCCUGAAGUUCAAGUUUCCACACCAGUGAUGCCAGCCAUCAUUCCUCCACCCCCUGACAUCCAACCUGUCAUAGAUAAGCUAGCUGAAUAUGUUGCCAGGAAUGGGCUAAAGUUUGAGGCCAGUGUCCGUGCCAAGAAUGAUCCACGGUUUGACUUUCUGCAGUCUUGGCAUCAGUAUAACACCUAUUAUGAGUUCAAGAAGAAUUACUUCAUGCAGAAAGAAGGAAAAGGCUGGCCAGAGACUGGGGCAGGGAAUAAUGAUGAUGAUGACGACGAUGAUGAGAAUGAGCAGCUUCGAUCAGACAAGUCAGCCAAGGAUUCCAAGCUGACGAAAGCCUCCUUUGCCCCCAUCUGUUUUGCCAUAAAAGCUAAGGAAAAUGACAUGCUUCCGCUAGAGAAGAACCGAGUUCGACUGGAUGAUGACUCAGAUGAGGACAAGCUGCUGGAGGAGGAGGGGCUGGAGGCCAUGAUAGGAGGAGCAGACAUAGUUGACAAGGAUCCUCUUCUGGUCAGUGCACCAGAAGAGAAGAAACCCUCGCUCAGCCUGGAGGAGCUGGAGGCAAAACAAGCCAAGCAGAAACUGGAGGAUCGACUGGCAGCUGCAGCCCGAGAGAAGCUGGCUCAGGCAUCUAAGGAGUCCAAAGAGAAACAGUUACAGGCAGAGAGGAAGAGAAAAGCAGCACUCUUCCUACAAACCCUCCGCAGCCCUUUUGCUGGAGAGCUGGAGGCUAAGAGAGCUGAGCUAGACUCAUCUGCGCAGUUUGAGAUGCAGGAAGCCCUUUCUGCUUUGUCUGACCAGCUGCCUACACAAGUGUCUUCUGUGCCACCUGCGUAUCCUCAGGAUCAAAGGCCCCCCAUGGAGAGCCAGGGAACCUAUCGCAGCAGGGAGGCCCCGUCCUCAUCAUCCUCCUAUACUACCUCCAAAGGGUCAAACCGGGACAGAGACAGAAACAGAGACAAGGUCAGAGAAAGAGACAAAGACAGAGACAGAGACCGGAAUAAAGGAAGAGACAAAGACAAAAAGAAGAAGAAACACAAGAGGAGGUCAAGAUCCAGAUCGAGGUCAAGAUCAAAGAAUAGGCACUCCCUUCCUAGUGCCUACAGGAGAGGCCACAGGUCCCGAUCCCGUUCAUAUUCUCCCGGGAGAAGAAGCAGGAGGGGCCCGUCAUCAGAAAGAAGGCGUGAGGAGAGGGAGAGGGAGCGCUAUCAUCACAGCAGCAGCUCUAACGUGCCCCAGGGGCAUUCCAGAUCCAGAUCCCCUGCUGAAAAAAGGAGGAGCUCCUUGUCAUCUUCAGGACAGAUGAAAGCUGUGGGUUCCUCUCUCUCCCCAUACUCCUCACCAGGCAGAGUUUUGUCGCCAGCAGCUAGCCCCGCCUCCAGCCUGGCCCACUCCAGGGAUGGCUCUCAGGAGAAAGACAAGGCUGUGUCCUCAUCCAUAGUAUCUUCAGUUCAGUCCAAAAUAACUCAGGAUCUGAUGGCCAAAGUGCGAGCCAUGCUUGCCACCUCCAAGACCUUCCAUCCUCCUAAUUCCUGAUUCCUGACUCUCUACUAUGCGCCACUGUCAUGCUCAGUUGAUCAUCAAGUGUUUUCUCCUGAGUCCUGGAGAUUUAUUUAGCCUGAAACUGUUCUGACUUGCUGUGUCUGUUAUUUUGUCUUUUUUUUUUUUUUUUUUUUUUUUUUUUUUUUAAGCAUCGACAGAUUCAGUUUAGUAAAUGUGCAUUCCCUGCAGCAAAGAAUGAGUAAAGGCACUCACCAAAACAGAAAAAUCUGGUUCCACACCUAACCUGAGAAGACGGCUCAUCAGACAGGCAAUCUUGUCAGUAAUGGAUGUAUUUUGGUGCAGGAGUGUGAAAAGUGGAGAAAACAAAUAUGUUGUCAUGCAGCCUGUUAAAAAAUAUUUUAAAAUGACUUGUUUUUUCCCCCAUGACAGUAAUUUUUGGUGGAAUUAGAAGAAGUUGCCAAGGGUCUGUAUUUCUGUCCUUCUAUGAAGGCUUGUUUUGUUUUGAUAACUUCAUUUAUUAUUUUUCUUUGCUGUUAUUUUAAUUCUCAUUUCAUCCUCAGCUGUCUUUUCUCUCACGCACUUCAACCAUCUUCUUGAGAGGCUGUUUUAAUUUUUUACCCUAUUCCUCAGCUCUAGUGCGUGGCCUUGUAUUUCUGUUCCUGGUUUGUACUGUAAUGACUUUAUUGCAGAAGUACUUUCUAAUCCAAACUGUCAAUAAAAUUUCAAUUGUGAUUUA